AUGUCCGGAGUAGCCAAACGCCGCCUCCAAGCUGUCAGCCAGCAGCUGGUCGAGGGUAUCCCCGAUGCAGGCAAAUUCGAGGAUAUCCCCAGAAUCCGCACAAUUGCGUCCGACUCUGUUGGGCCCCGCGUCAAAGACAAAGUCGCCAUUGUAACAGGCGCCAACUCCCCCGCCGGCAUCGGCCGCGCCAGCGCCCAUCAAUACGCCCACAACGGCGCAAAAGCCGUAUACCUCUGCGACUUCACAGACACGCACUUGGCGACACACAAGCGCGAGAUCGAGUCCCUGUACCCGGGCGUGGAGGUGCAGAUCCGCAAGUUCGACGCGGCGGAGGAAGACGCCGUCAAGGCGGUCGUGGACGACGCGAUCGCGAGGUAUGGCCGGCUGGACAUCUUCUUCGCGAAUGCGGGGAUCGUAGGGCAGAAUAAGAUUUUCACUGAUGUCACGGGGGAUGAUUUUGCGAGGACGUUGAGGGUUAACACCAUCGGUGUGUUCCUGGCUGUCAAGUACGCCUCGCUAGGGAUGAAGGUGACCUCCGCGGCGAAGCCGUACCCCUCCGGCUCAAUCAUCUGCACGGCGUCCGUUGCUGGGCUGCGCUCGAACGCCGGGUCGACCGAUUACUCCGCCUCGAAGGCGGCGGUGGUGUCGAUUGCCCAGACGUGUGCGUACCAGUUGGCUGGUACCGGCAUCCGUGUGAAUGCCAUCUGCCCGGGUCUGAUCGAGACGGGGAUGACGCAGCAGGUGUUUGACGCGGCGCGCGCUCGCGGUACGGAACGCAAAGUCGGGCAGCUGAAUCCAUUGCAGCGGGGUGCGGUUGCGGAUGAGGUCGCUCGCGUGGCUUUGUUCCUUGGCAGUGAUGAGAGUAGCUACGUCAAUGGGCAAGCGUGGGCUGUAUGUGGCGGAUUGAGUGCCGGUCACCCUUUCGUGCCGGGCAAGUUGGCCUAG